AUGGAUGAAUCAGUAUUAAGAAGAUUACAAAUAACAAAUAAUCAUAUACAACAACAAUCGAAUGAUUCACCAUUAGAAAGUAAUGAUACAUGUGGAAUUAUUGGUUUUGUUGGAAAGGAAGAAGCCUUUAACUAUUUAAUAGAAGGUCUUUCUAUAUUAGAAAAUAGAGGUUAUGAUAGUGCUGGUGUCACAACCAUUUCAUCAAAUAGUGAAUUGGUUACUUCAAAAUACGCGAGUUUAAAUACAACCAGUGAUGCCAUCUCUCGUCUAAAGACUGUUUCACAUUUACAUAAAGGACAUAUAAUUGGUAUUGCACAUACUAGAUGGGCAACACAUGGUGGAAAGACUGAUCGUAAUGCUCAUCCUCAUCAUGAUGACAAGAAUAGAGUGGCAGUAGUUCACAAUGGUGUCAUUGAAAAUAGUAGUGCAUUACGUGAAGAGAUUGAAAAGAGAGGUGUUGUAUUUAGAUCAGAGACUGAUACCGAAGUUAUUGCUCAAUUGAUUGGAGUAUUUUUAGAUCAAGGAUUCCCAAUUAUUGAAGCUGUUAAAGAGACACAGAAAAAGUUACAGGGUACAUGGGGAGUUGCAUGUGUGUGUAGAGAUGUGCCAGACCAGAUCAUUGCAUUAAAGAAUGGUAGUCCAUUGUUGAUUGGUAUUGGAAAGGAUCGCGCACUCAAAAUCAAGGAAAUUACCUAUAUUCACGCUGAGGGCUACAGUGGUGGUGCCCUCAAGCACGGUCCAUUCGCUCUCAUCGAGCAAGGAACACCCAUCAUUCUCAUCAUCCUCGACGAUGCCCACGCACAAUUGAUGCGUAUUGCCGGUGAAGAGGUCAAAGCCCGUGGUGCCUACACCAUCGUCAUCACCAACCAACCCGCGCUCGCCAAGCAUGUCGGCGACGAUGUUGUCGUCAUCCCAAGCAAUGGUGUAUUGACCUCUCUCCUGGCUGCCAUCCCCCUCCAACUUAUUGCCUAUGAAGUAGCUGUCUUGCGUGGUAUCGAUCCAGAUAAACCAAGAAAUCUUGCCAAGGCUGUUACUACCGAUUAA